AGAAUCACAAUAAGGAAACUAACCCCCAAGAUGAACUUCGCAUGUACGAUCCUAGCCAGCUGCCUUCUGACUUUCAUCCCUUCUACCACAGGUGUCACUCCUACAGUUACUGUGUUACUCCAGGGUAUCCUGAACGAUGACAUCAACAUGAUCGUUCCUGAUCCUCCUUCGUAUAAUAUUUAUGAUAUACUAUGGGAAAAAAAUAGAAAGAGGAUUAUACGACGUUUAAAUGGCAAGAUUACCCCCCAGCAACAGGAAAAAUACCAAGUAUUCGAAAAUGGAACUCUGAAAAUUAAACAUCUGCAAAGAAAUGAUAGUGAUAUCUAUAAGGUAGACCUAUAUGAUUCGGACGGACGCCACAUGUUGACGCAAACAUUUGAUCUGAAGAUUCUAGAGAAGGUCUCAAAACCUGUGAUCAACUGGAAUUGUGCCAACGCAACCAUCACCUGUGAGGUAACACAAGGAACUGACCCUAAAAUAACACUGUAUCGAUAUAGGAACAUAAUCAAAGAAGGCCAGAAGAUCAUCAGGUACAAGGGGACCAUCAAAUCAAUUGCACCAUUCAAUUGCACAGCAACUAACGGCGUCAGUGUGGAAACCAGCAUGGUGCACAUUGACUGUUCAGAGAAGAGGCUGGAUAUCCCCCUCAUCGUUGGCAUUUGUGGUGGAGGCAUUUUCUUCUUACUCUUUGUGGCGCUCCUCAUUCUCUUCAUCAGCAAGAGGAAAAAACAGCACAGAAGGGGAAAUGGUGGAAAGCUGGAACUCAGAGCACACAGAACCACCUCUGAGGAAAGGAGCCGGAGGCCCUACCAAAUUCCAGCCUCAGCUCCUCCCAAUGCAGCCGCGUCCCAAGCCCCUCCUCCACCUGGUCAUCAUCCCCAGGCACAUGGUCCUCGCCCCCCGCCUCCUGGCCAACGUGCCCAGCACCAGCAGCAGAGGAGGCCCCUUCCUUGCCCUGGCGCCCCCGUCCACCAGCAGAAAGGACCUCCUCUCCCCACGCCUCGGGUUCAACCGAAACCUCCCCGUGGGGCCAGAGAAAACACAAAACAGUCUUCUGGCAGAGCUGUCCCCGUCGUUUGAUUCAAAGAGGUAGAAACUGUCCCUUCCCGGAAAGGCACCGUGGAGCUCCUGCACUCGGUGAGGACGCCUGCACUUCUACCAGCUGCAUCCGACAAGCAGGGCGUCAUCACCUCCCGGGCUCCUGGCCCACAGCCACACCUGCACACCCCUCUCAGCCACACGGUCUCACAUCUGGAAUCUCUGGCCUCCUCCUCAAGUGCCACCACAACAAGAAGGGAGAGACAAUAAAAGUGCAAUCGUUAGGAUGAUGGGUGACCGAGCACGAAACCCUGGAGCGCUCCUUGGCACCCUGAGUGAUAUCCAGCAGCCGCUGUGCCCCUGUCUCAUUUACCAGCCACCUGCUGUUGCAGAGACUCUUGGGUUUCUGAUGUGCCUAGUGGACACUUGCCUACCAUCUCGUGAGAAGAUGUGAAAUUUAAGGUUUGACUUGACCCCAGUGCCUACUCAUUAUAGAAAGCAACCCAGCAGCGCCCGGCCAGUGUGGCUCAGUUGGUACAGUGUCGUCCUAUGCACCAGGAGGUCACGGUUUG